AUGCUCGAGUUCUUCGGCUUCGAGACGGGCGCCUUCAGCCAACUGACCCAAAAAUACAUGAAAGAGAACUUCAACCAAAAAACACCCGAUCGUGAAGGUAUUGCCUAUUACUCGUACGGUGCCACGGUGAACCCCAGAUUCUGGAGCAUGUUCCGUCAGAGCCACAGGAUCAUCCAGAAGUUGGAGGGUGACAACGAUGGUUUGGUGAGUGUGCAGAGUUCCAAGUGGGGAACUUACAAAGGCACGUUGAAGGAUGUUAGUCAUCUGGACAUGAUCAAUUGGACGAACAGGCUAAGAUGGUUCUUGUGGGAGCUGACUGGGAACAAGAGAAAGUAUGCUAUCCUUCCCUUCGAACCUUCUGUGGAACUAACGCAUCUAUUCCNNAGUUUCAACGCCAUUGCCUUCUACUUGGAUAUCGCUGGUCAGUCACCCUCAACAUGCAGAACAAUCGAUAAGAUAUCCUGA